AUGCACAAAGCAAAGGGCAUACCCAAAUCAAUGUCCUUCCCUUCCCUUUCCUUUCUCAGUUCUAAUCAAUCUAUUUCCCUCUCCUCUCUCAGAUCCCACUCGCAGUCCAACAAUCACCCAUGUAAUCCACCUGCGCCGCCGCAAGACCCUCCGCAUGUUCCUCGCCCGACGCCGAUUCCAUCCCCCGCCGCAAGAUCCCGCGUCCACCACAAGCUCAAAGACCUCUUCGUCUCCUCACCUCCGCCACCCCUUAACGAAGACAAAACAAUCUUCCAUCAGCAACAACAGCAAAGAAAAGAAGAAGAAGAAGAAGAAGAAAACAAAGAUCUACCUGUCGAACUCAUCCCUAACCGCCCUGAGCCUCCGCCUCCGCACCGGAUCUCCCUUCCGGGGCACUCCGCCACAGCUCUCCGCCCGGUAUCCUUCGUCUUCCGCUACCGGUUGCUGAGAAGAGCGUGGCGCCGCAAGAUCCCCCGCUCCUCCCCUCGCCGCAGCCACGUCCUCGCCGCAGCCUCGUCCUCGCCGCCGCCGCGUCCUCGCCGCCCCGCGUCCUCGCCACCGCGCGUCCUCGCUGCGUCCUCGCGUCCACUGUCGUCGACGUUGUAG